AACCAAACAAACCCCUGUAUAAGCGGGUAAAAAUAUAUUCUUCUAUUUAUUAUUAAUAUAUAAACAUCUCAUUUUCCAUUUCUUUUCUUUGCUUUUAAAACAGAGCAACCAAAGAGAAAGUGAAGAAGUAGCCACUACUCAUAUACAAACAUACACUUUCUCUCUCCCGAAAUCAUCCCCUUCUCAGCUAUAAAAACAGAAACUUCUAGAUCAGGACUCUGCCUUGUUGCAAGGAUAUCCUGGUCAUUUCCUAUCUCUCUGUCCCUGAGCUGAGAAACACAAAGAAAGCUAACUCACUUCUACUACACUUGUUAAUCUCUCUUUCUAUGUGUUCUUAGCUUCUUAAUUCUUCUGUUUAUAAUAAUUUACUUUCGAACUAAAUUGCAUUUUCCUUGAUUAGAGGGAUAUAUUAGUUAUAAUAUUAAGUAUAAUUAUGGAGAGGACCACUCCGGUGAGGAAACCACACACUUCAACAGCAGAUCUACUCACGUGGUCUGAGAUUCCGCCGGCUGAUUCCCCCGCUGUCGGGUCCGCUCCUCGCUCCGCCGCUCGUUCUCACCAGCCUUCGGAUGGGAUCAGUAAGGUAGUGUUUGGAGGUCAAGUUACAGAUGAGGAAGCUGAGAACUUAAAUAAAAGGAAACCUUGUUCAGGGUACAAAAUGAAGGAGAUGACUGGUAGUGGUAUUUUUGUAGCCAAUGGAGAGAACGACCCAUCCGAAUCCGGUGGUGCCAAUGCCACACCAAAUAGCAGAACAGGAUUACGCAUGUACCAGCAAGCACUUGCAGGAAUCAGUCAUAUUUCAUUUGCAGAAGAAGAGAGUGUUUCUCCCAAAAAACCUACUACUUUGCCUGAGGUGGCAAAGCAACGAGAACUAAGUGGGACAUUAGAAAGUGAGGCAGAACGAGAAGCCAAGUUGAAGAAGCAGCUUUCUGAUGCCAAGUGCAAGGAGCUCAGCGGACAUGACAUCUUUGCACCCCCUCCAGAAAUUUUGCCGCGGCCGACAACUGUGCGUGCUUUGGCAUUGAAAGAAAGCAUUGAAUUGGGAGAACCUGCUCCACAUGAUGUAUGCACAUCUGUCAAUUUUUCUAGUCCUGCUGGAGGUCAGUUGUCUACUGGUGAACCGGUGAUGAAGACAGCAAAGAAAAUUUAUGAUAAAAAAUUCAACGAGCUUUCAGGAAAUGACAUAUUCAAGGGCGAUGUUCCUCCAUCGUCGGCCGAGAAAUCUCUUAGUGUAGCAAAAUUACGAGAGAUAAGUGGCAAUGACAUAUUUGCUGAUGGGAAGGCUGAGCAUCGAGACUACCUAGGUGGUGUACGCAAGCCCCCAGGUGGCGAGAGCAGCAUUGCCUUGGUUUAACUUACUAGGUCUAACUCUGUUAUCUUAUCACUGUGUCUGGUUUUAUUUUAUUCCUAGUGGGGAUUUGUUAUUAUAUUAUUUGACCUGGUAUUAUGGGUUUCGGGAAUUAUGUUUAGGCCUUAACAUGUCAUCCAGCACUUUGGACUAUUCUAAUUGGAUUGUAUGUCUAUAUUCUUGUGCUUUUCAGUGUUUGUUUUAGCAAAAUACAUUGGGCAUUUUUGUGUCA